GAUGAGCAUAUAAGUCGAGGCUUUGCCCAGGAGUUGAAGGUUUUGAUACUCAUCCUCACAUCAACACUCAACGACAACAACAGACACGACCACACUCGGACAGAGAACCGUACUCUUCACACUUAUAAUCUUCAUAACCUUCAGCAACACCCAAUAAAUCUUCCACACAAUGUCCAACAACCAGAACGGCGGACUUCUCGGCGGUGUCACUGGUGGCCUUGACAAUGUCUUGACCGGCGGCGAGCAAGCUAAGGGCCAAGGCGGUCUCCUGGGUGGCGUUACAGGUGCUCUAGGAAACACGACACAGGGUCUCGGCAACGGCCUCAACUCGACAACAAAGGGCCUGGGCAGCGCUGUCGGACAGACAACUGAAGGCCUCGGCAACACAGUCGGUGGUGUCGCCAACGGAGUCGGUGGUACCGUCGGCGGCGUCGGCAAGAGUGUCGGCGGAGCCACUGGUGGCAAGAACCAAGAUGGCGGUGCUUUCAAGAGCUACGGAAUCUAAGACUUUACCUAUCUAACGAAUGGUUGUAUAAUAGCGAAGGAUAAUGGAUAUUGCUUCAGGAUGGGUGGGAACUAUGGUUUGGGGGGUUUGGACAUGAGAUUAUGACACAUAUAUAUAAAUAUAUAAUACAACCAUAUGGUUAAUAUAAAAACGAAAUGCGUUUGACAUAUCUCAAUAUUGCUACCGAGUACUCGAGAAGUGAUCGUCGUCAAUUAAGCUACUGAGUAAAUGAAAAGUUGAAGACAAGUCUUACGCUUCACGAUAUGUAGAUGAG